GGACUGGGCUGGAGAGGGACGGAGCUGGAAAAUGCCCCCGACCCUAGGGCCCAGCCCAGAAUCCCUCCCCAGAGAGGAGGAGUGGACUGCGAGGCAGAGCCUGCUGACCCCACACCGGUGUCCACCACAGCUGAGAGGAGGAAGGGAGAGCGGGCCUGGGCUGGGCCCCGAUGGCCGCCGGGCAGGUGUGGGGGCUGCUCCUGGCUGGAUUGAGCCUGUGGCCAGGCCUGGCCGGGGCCCGGGCCCCUGUCCCCCCGGCCCCUCCGGGGGUCCCCGGACCUCUGGGCCCCGCGGAGCAGGAACAGAGUCACUACCUGGCCCAGCUGUUCGGCCUGUAUGGGGAGAACGGGACCUUAACUGUCGGCGGGCUGGCCCGGCUCCUCCACAGUCUGGGUCUGGGCCGGGUGCAGGGGCUGCGACUGGAGCAUAGGGGGGCCCUGGAGGGCAGGCCCGGACCCCUGCCCGAGGGCAACACCACCCAAAGGCCACCGGAGCCUGGGUUGAGCUUGGAUGUGUGGUCUGGGCUACCCACCGGCCCCUCGCUCUGGGGGGCUCGAGAGGAGCCGGGAGGCCCGUCCUCGCCCCGGGGGCCGCCCGCCCCAAACCUGGACCUCUUUCACCGCUUGCUGCUGCUGGAUCACUCGCUGGCCGACCACUUGCACGAAGACUGCCUGAACGGCUCCCAGCUGCUGGUGAAUUUUGGCCUGAGUCCAGCCGCCCCACUAACCCCCGGCCAGUUUGCGCUGCUCUGCCCGGCUCUGCUCUACCAGAUCGACAGCCGGGUCUGCAUCCGUCCCACCCUGCCCCCUGCCCCCUCAGGGGACCUGCUGGCCGCUCUGGCUCACAGCUCCCUGGCUGUGCUCCUGCUCAGUGUCCCGACUCCGCUCUCGCUCCUGCUGCUCCGGCUGGUGGGGGGCCAGCGCCUGCGCCCCUUGUUGGGCUUCCUAGGAUCCCUGGCUGUGGGCACGCUCUGCGGGGACGCCUUGCUACACCUGCUUCCCCAUGCACAGGGUGGGAGGCACAGCGGGUCGGGGUCAGCGGGCGAGCUGGGGCCAGGGCUGGCACUGCUGGGGGGCCUCUUCGUUCUUUUCCUCCUCGAGAACCUGCUUGGGCUGCUGAGGCCGAAAUGCCGUAGGCGCAGGCGGACGGACCCCGGCGUCCGGGACCCCGAGGACCCCAGUGGGGCGGCCCUGCAGACGCUAGAGCCGGCGUCCGAAGGGCAGGGAGAGCCGAGCGGUUGCUCCCCGCAGGCCUCGGGCCCCCGUAGGCACCAGGGCCACGGCCACAGUCACGGCGCGGGAGGCGCCGGCCCCAACGUGACCUGGAUGGUUCUGCUGGGGGACGCGCUGCACAACCUCACGGACGGGCUGGCCAUCGGCGCCGCCUUCUCGGACAGCCUCCCCAGCGGGGUCAGCACCACCCUGGCCGUCUUCUGCCACGAGCUGCCCCACGAACUGGGUGACUUCGCCGUCCUGCUCCAGGCUGGGCUGCCGCUGCGCCGACUGGUCCUGCUGAGCGUGGGCUCGGGGGCCCUGGGGCUGCUGGGCGCCGCCAUGGGCGUGGGGCUCAGCCGGGGCCCCGAGCCCCUCACCCCCUGGGUCUUCGCGGUCACCGCCGGCGUCUUCCUCUACGUGGCUCUCGUGGACAUGCUGCCGGCCCUGCUGCGGCCCCCGGAGCCCCUGCCCGCCGGCCACGCGCUGCUGCAGGGCCUGGGGCUGCUGUUGGGGGGUGGCCUAAUGGUGACCAUCGCUCUGCUGGAAGACCGAAUGCUGCCCCUGGGCCCGGACGCCUGACCGGACCCCAGCCUCCCCCCAACCAGGAACGCAGGCCGCAGGCUAGGAGCGAUAGGAGUUUAAUAAACAGAACCGAUC